AUGGAUGAAACGAACAGUGAUGAUGAAGAAAAAGAAAUGACAGCCCUGCUGUUUACCACACCAGCAGCUAAGUUAACGCAAGCACAGAAAAGGGCAGACAGUUUUGCUAAAGAAAAAGAGGGACGUAACACCUGCAGGGAACUGAUUCAAUGUAUAGCUCUCACUAGAAUUAUCUAUGGAAAUGGGCACUGGCGAUUGGCAAAAGCACUCGCCAAUCUUGCUCACAGCUACAUUACACUUCAAGGUCUUCCUGUUCAGGCUAUACACCAUGCCAACUCAGCAAAGCAUAUCAUCUUCACAGGAGAAGGUAUCCCUCCAGCCUACUCAGAAGGAAGAGGAGAGAUUCUCAGCACUCUUCUGACCAUCUUCUAUACCUUGGGCAUAGCAAAUGUGAUGCAGAAGAAUGGCAAAGAAUCCUACUGCAAUCUGCAGAAGGCUGAAAAGAUUAUGGAAGAACUGCGGAGGCCAGAUUGGAGAGGGACUCCUGAACUUAAAGUAUCUGAGAGAGACCUUACUGCAGCAUUGGGCAGGGCCGGUCUGCAGAAAAACAAGCUAGAUUUGGCAGCCAAGCAUUUUGAGAAGGCAAUUGAUAUUAUAAUUUCAUCUGAAGGAGAGAAGGCUCCAGAACUGAUAAAUCUUUAUCUGGACCUAGCUCAAGCUGAACAAAUGAAGAAAAAUCAUGAGAAAUCCAUAGGAUAUUUAUUACAGGCCCAUUCCAUUUCACUCUCUCUGCAUACGAAAUUCAGUGCUGAAGCCGCAUCAACAGCCUUGUUACUGGGUAAGGCCUAUGCUGCAACUGGAGAAGAAAAGCAUGCUGAGGCUGCUGAAAUGUAUCUCAGUGAAAGUGUCUCGGCCUACAGAAUGGCACUGGGGAUGGACCAUUCCAAGACAAUUAAUGCUCUGGAAGACUUCACUAAAUGGCUUGGACGAGUGGGGAAAAGGAAGCAAGCCUAUGCUUUACUCAAAGAGUCAUUUACAUCUCAGCAAGAUCCCUGCAGUGAUUUUAGCGAACAGGCAGUUGAAAGGUUGUAUAUUAUGGGUUGCAUCUGCCUAGCAGAGGAGAAGACAAAGGAGGCUUAUCAGUUGCUCAGUAAGUGUGUGGAGAUCCAGGUUGCUAUUUAUGGGUCUCGUCAUAGGAAAUGUAAAAAGAUACAAGAGCUCCUGGACAUGCUGAAGACGUAA